AUGGACGUCUCGGACUUUGAAGAUCUAGGAAUCAUAUCUGAUUUCGAGGAAGAGGAAGAAGCAAACGAACCAUGCCCUGGAAACUGGAUGAAACCCACUAUGCCGACAGCUCAUAGAGAUGGCGAUAGGCCACAUCCACCAUGGGAAGGGCACCGAGACAAACUUGUCGGCAUUGUAGAUAUGGGAAGCAACGGCAUUCGCUUUUCUAUCACGGAUCUAUCUGCUGGAUUGGCGCGUAUUCUACCGACAGUGCUGACCUAUCGAUCUGGUAUAUCGCUUUACGACUCCCAAUACGAUCCUGAGACGGGAGAACAGAUUCCUAUCCCAGACGAUGUUAUUGCCGACGUAGUUACACUCUUUAACCGGUUUCUCAUCGUCUGCCAUGAUAUGGGAGUUGACAAAAAGAAUAUCCAUAUCGUUGCAACAGAGGCGACCCGCAAGGCUCUCAAUUCGGCCCAAUUUAUAAAAGUUGUCAAGGAGAAGACUGGGCUGUCUAUCGAGAUGCUGCCCAAGGAAAUUGAGGGCCAGAUCGGAGCGUUGGGUAUUGCGAGCGGAUUUACUAAACUAUCCGGCCUUGUGAUGGACCUUGGAGGUGGUAGCACCCAAAUCACUUGGAUGGUCAGCCAAGGAGGCCAUAUCAGAAUUAGCCCUCUUGGGAGCUUUAGCUUCCCGUAUGGCGCGGCUGCUCUAUCCAGACAGCUUCAUGAUUUGCGGAAGGGCAAGAAGAAACAAGAAGGGGAAGAAGCUGUUGCUCGAUUCCGACAGGAAAUGGUGCAAAAGUUGAGAGACGCAUAUGAUCAUUUGCAAAUCCCCGAAAUUAUGAUUGAAAAGGCCAAGGAACGGGGGGGCUUUCGUAUCUACCUAUCUGGUGGUGGGUUCCGAGGUUGGGGCUAUUUGCUGCUAUAUCUCAACCAGUCCCACGGCAAGCACUAUCCAAUCUCCGUCAUCAAUGGAUACACAGUCGGUAGAGAACAGUUCGAAGACACAGAUACUGUGAAACAAAUUGCAAAAGCGGCAAAAGAUGUAUUCCGGGUCUCGGAUCGCCGCCGGUCACAAGUUCCCGCAGUGGCAUUCCUGGUGAAUGUCUUGGCCGAAGCUAUUCCUCAUGGAAUCAGGGAGGCUCACUUUUGCCAAGGUGGAGUGAGAGAGGGAUAUCUCUUCCGGACUCUGACUCCCGAGGUCAGAGAACUCUCCCCGCUGUCAGUCGCAACGCAAAAUUUCGCGCCAGUUUCCUAUCGCACUCUCCAGGAACUGCUCAAGAGUGCCAUCCCGAAACCCUCGAAGAACCAGACAAAGAGGUUUCCCGAAGAAUUCGGAGAGCAUGUUAUCGAUUCGUUUGCUAACGUCAUGUAUGUUCAUAUGUUCAUGUCUAAAGAGACGGCAUCAACAACUGCUCUUUACUCAACCAGUGUUGGAAUCAUGUCAUCUACCCAUGGAGUGUCUCACCAAGACCGCGCCAGACUUGCGCUGAUGCUUGAAUCUCGAUAUCGUGGAGAAUUACCACCACGAGAGAUGGAAUUCCGCGAAGCACUGCGCUCUCUUAUUACACCGGAAGAGGUAUGGUGGACUAGUUAUUUAGGCAGAGUUGGAUACAUGAUCACCCGACUGUAUCCAUCUGGAGAAAUUGAUACUGCAAAGCCUCGGGUCGUAUUUUCCGCUGAGUGGUCAUGGACCAUGGGGAAAAAGAAGAACAAGGAGGGCUUUGUCUUGACGCUAUCAGUGCAGAAGCUCAAAGACGAUCCAGCACAUCUCAAGAAAGCUUUGGAGGACAAUGUCAAAGUGAUUCAAAAGGUCGGGAAGAAGAGGCGCUGGAUAGGAAAAGAAGAUCCAUGGGGUAUGAAGGUCAAGGUAAAUGUCGUCGAAGAGGGUAUUUUGGAAACUCCAGGCUGUUAG